GCUUCAGUGCUUGGAUCUGUACUCUCAAAUAUUUUGGUAGUGUUGGGGUCAUGUUUUCUCUUUGGUGGUAUCACUAUUCUUAAAGAAGGUCGUUUAGAACAAAAUUUUGAUUCAACUGCAGCACAAGCAAGUUCAAGUAUGAUAACUUUAGCAUGCAUUGUCUUAAUAGUACCUGCAGCAUUUAGUCUUGCUAUUGAUGGAAAUUCUAAUAAUACUCUCAGCACGACUGAUUCUAGAAUCUUGAAUUUAAGUUAUAGCUCUUCAUUAAAAACCUAUAAAGAUUUAUUCCAAACCAAAGAAAAUGAAGAGCUACAGAUAAGCAAGUAUUUGGCACUAUUUUUGCUAGUUAUAGUGACAGUUGUAACAGCAUUUUCUGCCGAAUUUCUUGUUAGUUCAAUUGAAGGAGUUGUCACGUCUCAUGGUUUAAGCAAAACCUUCAUUGGGUUAGUUUUACUACCCAUUAUUGAAAAUGCUGCUUAG